AUGUAUGCAAUGGAUGAGGAUUGGAACCUUGAAUCCCUAACGAAUUUUGGGACAAUCUCGCGAACUGCUCAGAUUCACCUGAGAAAGCUGUACGUUUUGGCCUUGAUGUAUUUGGUGGGCAUAGUCGGGUAUAGCCAGGUGGUGGUACAGCAGGCUAGCCGUGGGGAUGCUGACUAUGUGCAACAUGUUGUCAAGCUUGUUCUCUAUUUUGCUCGUCUGCUAAUCCAACUUGUCCUUGUAUUGGUGGUAGCUGUUCCUUUGUUUGUGCAGGAGAAUAAAGCACCAGACUAUGUUCAUGAGGGGGAGAAGGAAAAAGAGGAGUUGAAUUGA